GCGUAGCCAGGUAGGGGUAGGGUAUAGGGUAUAUAUAUAAAAUAGUACCCUGAAAUGCCAGCUUAAGAGGGCCGAAACAAGUAGUCGUUAUUGGUAUGCAGCGGAAUAUUAUUGUUACAGAGGAACAUAUAACAAUGGUAAAAGAGCCUAACUCGAGUUUAAUUGGUUUUGUAACACCUACUAACGGGAGCAGCGAUGCAAUUACCUCUGAAAUGAUGGAUUUUUUAAAAAGAGAAGAUUAUUCAUUGGAGCAAUUGAUUGCAAUUAACUGCGAUGGAACGAGAUGUAACACUGGGAAAAGCCGAGGUACCAUCUGUAAUUUAGAGCAUAAGUUGGAGCGACCACUGCAGUGGUUUAUAUGUCUGUUUCACUUCAACGAAUUGACGUUUACGGCGGUAUUAAAACACUUCUUAGGGAAGGCUAGUGGGCCACAAAACUGGCCUGGAUUAAUUGGUUAUUCCCUACAAAAUUGCGAAAAUUUACCAGCUGCACACAACUUCGAACCAAUCCCAAUGGGUGAGAUGCCCGAAAAUAUUGACGAGUGGGACUUGAGAGCCGAUCAAAAAUAUUUAUUUAAUUUGGUUUGAGCAGUCGAUAGUGGAGUUUGCAGUGAAUAUCUAGCAAGUAUUAAACCAGGUCCUCGGAAUC